AUGUCCCUGAGGAGUGAGCGGCGGGUGGAUACGUCGACGCUCAAGAGGAUCGCUGCAGACAUGAGCGCUAUAAUCGAGAGCCUGGACACGAGGGAGCUCCACUUCGACGGUGAGGAGGUGGAUGCGGAGGUGCUGAGUGACCCGAAAGCUGCCGUGAGCAUUCCAUUCUCUGCAAUUUAUCACACACGUGGAUUCAGAGAGCCAGAUAUACAGACGUAUCUCAAGGGCUGCCCUAUCAGAGUGCGUGUGCUGGAAGUUGAACGUUUUACUUCAACAAGAAAGGUACCAAGUCCAAAUGUUUACACUAUUGAGUUAACACACGGAGAAUUCACAUGGCAAGUGAAAAGGAAGUUCAAGCACUUUCAGGAAUUUCACAGGGAGCUGCUGAGGUACAAGGCGUUUAUGCGGAUCCCAAUUCCAACACGGAGUCACACAGUAAGAAGACAAUCUAUCAAAAGGGGAGAACAACGGCAGAUGCCAAGCCUGCCGCCUACCUCGGAGAGCACGGUCCGAGAGGAGCACUUCUCCAGCAGGAGGAAACAGCUGGAAGACUACUUGACAAACAUCUUGAAAAUGCCAAUGUACAGAAACUACCAUGGAACAAUGGAGUUCAUUGGCGUAAGUCAGCUCUCCUUCAUCCAUGACCUAGGACCAAAGGGCAUAGAAGGUUUGAUCAUGAAACGCUCCGGGGGGCACCGAAUACCUGGCCUGAACUGCUGCGGCCAAGGAAGGAUGUGCUAUCGAUGGUCCAAAAGGUGGCUGGUAGUGAAAGAAUCCUUCCUGCUGUACAUGAAGCCAGACACUGGGGCCAUUGCCUUCGUCUUGCUGGUAGAUAAAGAAUUCAACAUAAAGAUAGGCCAGAAAGAAACGGAAACGAAAUAUGGGUUGCAGAUCGACAAUCUCUCUAGGUCGCUGAUUUUGAAGUGUAACAGCUACAGGCAUGCCCAGUGGUGGAGACAGGGAAUAGAUGAGUUCAUUCGGAAAAAUGGCAAGAACUUCCUAACGGAGCACAGAUUUGGGUCCUACGCAGCCGUGCAAGAGAACACCCUGGCAAAGUGGUAUGUAAACGCUAAGUGGUACUUCGAAGAUGUUGCAAAUGCCAUGGAAGCAGCUAAAGAAGAAAUUUUCAUCACAGACUGGUGGCUGAGCCCAGAAAUCUUCAUGAAACGACCUGUGGUAGAAGGAAAUCACUGGAGGCUGGAUUGCAUCCUCAAGCGAAAGGCACAACAAGGAGUGAGAAUUUUUGUGAUGCUGUAUAAAGAGGUGGAGCUUGCCCUAGGAAUCAACAGUGAAUAUAGCAAACGGACACUCAUGCAUCUCCAUCCAAACAUUAAGGUGAUGAGACACCCAGACCACGUGUCCUCCUCCGUGUACCUCUGGGCCCACCACGAGAAGCUCGUCAUCGUGGACCAGUCCGUCGCGUUCGUCGGCGGCAUCGACCUGGCCUACGGCCGGUGGGACGACGACGAGCAUCGCCUCACGGACGUGGGCAGCGUCAAGCGCACGGCAAAGUCGGCAUCGACAAUCAACUUGGCGUCUGCAGCCGAGUCAUUUGAACAUAUCGCCCUGGAGCCUCCAGCUCCGUCCCCAGAAAACCAUCUGCUCCACAAAAAUGCCGAAGAUGCCUCAGACGUUUCCAAAAUGAAAGGGGUAGGAAAGUCCAAAAAGUUUUCAAGAUUCAGCAUUUACAAGCAUCUCCAGAAACACGGCAUGCACCACGCUGACAGCGUCAGCAGCAUAGACAGCGAGUCAAAUAAAGGGUCGAUGCGCAGCCUGAAGACGGGUGUUGGCGAGCUGUUUGGGGAAACGAGAUUCUGGCACGGAAAAGACUAUUGCAACUUUGUCUUUAAAGACUGGGUUCAGCUUGACAAACCCUUUGCUGAUUUCAUCGACCGGCACACGACGCCGAGGAUGCCCUGGCACGACAUCUCCUCGGCCGUGCACGGCAAGGCAGCCCGCGACGUCGCCCGCCACUUCAUCCAGCGCUGGAACUUCACCAAGAUCAUGAAGCCCAAGUACCGAUCCCUGUCCUACCUGAAAUCUCAGGAAACUGCUAAUGAGUUGAAGUACCAGGUGCCUGAGUCUGUUCAUGCCACAGUCCAGGUGCUCCGUUCUGCUGCUGACUGGUCGGCUGGCAUUAAAUACCACGAGGAAUCCAUCCACAACGCCUACAUCAGCGUGAUCAAAAACAGCAAGCACUACAUCUAUAUAGAAAACCAGUUUUUUAUUAGCUGUGCUGAUGACAAAGUUGUCUGGAACAAGAUAGGAGAUGCAAUUGCUCAGAGGAUUCUUAAAGCUCACAGGGAAAACAAACGUUUCCGAGUGUACGUGGUGAUCCCGCUGCUGCCUGGGUUUGAAGGAGACAUUUCGACGGGCGGCGGGAACGCUCUGCAGGCCAUAAUGCACUUCAACUACAGGACCAUGUGCAGAGGAGAAAAUUCAAUUCUGGGCCAGCUGAAGGCAGAGGUUGGAGAUAAGUGGAUAAACUACAUAUCCUUCUGCGGACUGCGGACAUAUGCAGAGUUGGAAGGAAAACUAGUCACUGAACUCAUCUACGUUCACAGCAAAUUGCUUAUUGCUGAUGACAACACUGUCAUAAUUGGCUCAGCCAACAUCAACGACCGCAGCAUGCUGGGCAAGCGGGACAGCGAGAUGGCCAUCAUCGUGCAGGACACGGCCACCGUCCCCUCCGUCAUGGACGGCGAGACCUACAGCGCCGGCUGCUUCGCGCAGUCCCUCCGGCUCCGGUGCUUCAGGCUUGUGCUUGGGGUGUCAGAUCUCAACUCAGACCACCAGGACCCGGUCUGUGACAAGUUCUUCAAGGAGGUGUGGGUCGCCACAGCAGCCCGCAACGCCACCAUCUUCGAUAAGGUUUUCCGAUGCCUUCCCAGUGACGAGGUGAAUAACUUAGCCCAACUGCGUGAUUUCAUCAGCAAACCCAAACUAGCCAACGAUGAUCCUGUGAAAGCAGCAGAAGAGUUGAAGAAGAUUCGUGGGUUUCUGGUACAAUUCCCCUUCCGUUUUCUGGAGGAAGAAUACUUGCUGCCUUCUGUUGGAACAAAGGAAUCCAUGGUACCGAUGGAGGUUUGGACUUAAGAAGAUUGAGACUGCUUUAUAUUUUAAACUCUAGUUCUCAAAAGAGAAGUUUAUGAACAGUAUAGGAUAUCAGAAAG